AUGGUGAACUGGAAGUCGCCAGAAGAGAUCGAGAUGGAUUCCACGAUCUUCCUGAAGGUUAUGCAUACCCUCCUUGGUCUAUAUGUAUGGGAGUUCUUUGUCUCUCUGGACUUCGACUGGGCGGUCCUGACGGGCAAGACGAGGUUCCGCUGGCCACUGACCUUCUACUUUGCUGGACGAUAUCUUCUUCUUUUUGCAAUGAUCGGAAUUGCCGUGGCCCUGGAUACACCAAUCGAAAUCAAUUGCCAAGCACUGUAUGCCUUUAAUCAGCUAGCUGGUAAUGCGGCGGUUGGACUUGCAAGCAUUAACCUUUCUCUUCGAACGAUAGCUAUCUGGUCGCAAAAUACCUCGAUCGUUAUCCUCUUAGUGUUAAUCAUUAUCGGGCAUUGGUCUCUAAUUCUGCAAGGUGUUCUCCUGACUGCUACCUGGCUUCCUGACGUCGGUUGUGCAAUCACUUACAGCAAUACCACCAUCCUUGCCGCCACUUUCAUUUAUUCAAUGUGCUUUGACUUUUGCGGCACGAAUGGCGCACCUACUAGACUCGUCAGAAUGUUGUUCUCUGAUGGCUUAAUAUACUUUUUCAUCGCAUUUGUAUCCAACUUGAUCGCCACCACGAUGAUGGUGCUCAACCUGAACGCCAUCAUGAGUGUCAUUUUCAAUGUCCCAGCUGCUAUUGCUUCGACAAUCGUGGCGUCUCGUGUUGUCAGGCGACUGACCAACUUCCAGUCUUCAGGACCAGAGAUAAUGUAA